AUUUUAAACAAACUAACCCAUAAAUGUGGUUUAUGAAUUAGUUGCAAUAAACAGUUGGACGGAAGUACAGGCGGUAUGCAGUUCCAUGUUCUAUUUGGCUUCUGCGUUAACGUGCAUGCAGCAUUGGCAGGGAUCGGCAUUCAAUAUUCGCUCAAAAGACGAAGAGGUGACAAGAAUAAAAAUGAAAGGAGAUAAUAAACUUUCUCGGUGGAUUGCAUUCAUGGUGCUUGGAUGUGUACUCUUCAUGGUAGGAUUUUUAAUUGGAUAUCUUGGACAUCCAAAGGAUUUCUGUUCAUUAUUUUCAGCGGUGGAAACUGAUAAAAUCAGUCGAAUGAUGAUUGAUGAAUGCAAAGCUGAAAAUAUCGAACAAAAUCUCAGAGAAUUAAGCAGCCGACCUCAUUUGGCUGGAACGCCAGCAGAGAAGGAGAAUGCCGAAAUGCUUGUAAAUCUAUGGACCGAGUACGGAUUCGAUUCGGUUCGGUUACUAUCCUACGAUGUGCUCUUGGCUUAUCCGGAUCCAGACAAUCCGAAUAAGGUGAUGAUAACGGACAAUGGAGAGGUUAACUUUACGACAGCUUUACAUGAAGAGAUCUUAAGACCAGAAGAUGACCACCCGGACGUUGUUCCACCAUUCAAUGCUUAUUCUGCGCAAGGAGAGCCUGAGGGUCCUUUGGUUUAUGUCAACUAUGGUCGUGCAGAAGACUUUGAAUGGCUGGCAAAGAAUAAACCUGAAAUCAACAUUACUGGAUGCAUAGUUAUUGCAAGAUAUGGAAGAGCGUUUCGAGGAAAUAAGGUGCUAGCCGCAGAAGCAGCGGGUGCUAUUGGGGUAAUUCUAUAUUCGGAUCCUGCCGACUACGCCAUUGAUGAAGAUGUAGCCGUCUAUCCGGACGGAUGGUGGUUACCCGAUACCGGCGCUCAACGGGGAAAUACUUUCGUCAGUGAUGCUAAAGGGGAUCCCGUCACUCCCGGUUAUCCGGCUAAACCGUACAUGUACCGGUUAAACGAUUCGGAUACAGCCCUUCCAAAGAUUCCGGUUCAUCCGAUUGGCUAUGGAGAUGCAAAAUAUCUUCUAAGUGAGUUAUCGGGCGAUGAAGUAAAUCCUGACUGGGCAGGAAAUCUGGAUGUAACCUACCGAUACGGACCGGGAUUUAUCAACCCAAGAAGGAAGGUCAAGAUGAGUAUCCACACAUCACGUGAGAUCAGAACAAUAUAUGACGUCAUCGGUAUCAUCAAUGGCGCCCUGGAACCAGAUCGCUAUGUAUUGAUGGGCAACCACCGUGAUGCCUGGGUGUAUGGUGCUGUAGACCCUUCUAGUGGUACAGCAGUUCUCAUGGAGAGUGCAAGGGUCUACUCAGAGAUGACCAAAACAGGUUGGAGGCCUCGUCGUACGGUCAUGUUCUGUUCUUGGGGAGCUGAGGAAUACGGACUACUCGGAUCAACGGAAUUCGUUGAGGAGUACCAGAAAAUAUUAGGAGAGAGGGCUGUUGCAUACAUCAAUACAGAUAUCGCUGUUAUGGGAAAUUAUUCUUUCAGGACUUCAUCAACACCCCUGCUAGAGGGAGCCCUCUACGAUGCCGCUAAGAAGGUGCCUGACGGUGAAACAGGAGAAAGAACGACAUAUGAUGUUUGGCUUGAACGACGACCCGACAGCAGCGGCAACGGUCUACCGAUUAUCAACGUACUGGGAUCCGGAACUGAUUUUGCGCCUUUCAUGUAUCGCAUCGGUGUACCCUGUGUGGACCUGUCAUAUCAAUAUGACCCGAGUCUUGGGAUAUCAUCGUACCCUGUCUAUCACUCCGUUUAUGAGACAUUCUACACUGUCAAGAUGUUCCUUGAUUACAACUUCUGGCGCCAUCAGUCUAUUGCACGGUUCAUGCUUGAAUUCUCGCGAAAUAUCGCAGACUCCGUGAUUCUACCGUUUGGUGUCCGCGACUAUGCAACGAAACUCAAGUCGUCAAUAGACUACAUUGAAAGUGAAUACGGUGAGAAGAUGGCGGAGCAGAAUAUCUAUUUCGAAUACAUUGAUUCAGCUGUUACAAAUUUUACAGCGGCUGCUACAUCAUUUGAAGAACAGUUGGAGCAAGUCGAUAUUAAUAAUCCCAUCGCAGUUAGACGUGUUAAUGAUCAGAUGAUGCAACUUGAAAGGGCUUUCAUUGAUCCUGUUGGCCUUCCUGGCAGGAAAUGGUUGAGACAUGUCGUGUAUGCUCCUAGCAGCGUGAACCACUACGCAGGCGACGCUUUUCCCGCCCUUGUCGAUGCCAUGUACCAGAUUGAUGACGACAUUGAUCAGGUGGCUCGAUGGAAUGCAGUCAGGGAACAAAUGGCCAUCGUAGCAUUCACUAUCCAAUCAGCGGCAAGUACACUUACUGACGUCACACAACUCUGAAUAUUUCUCCUUCUCGAACCAUAUAUAUCGGAUUCUCUAUCUUUGUCAUUUAAUCGCGGGGGGGGGGGGGCUGGAUGACACAAGUAUAGAUUGCAAAUUAAAAAUGAUUUGAUAGACUUUUGACAAUAUUACCUUUACUACAGUUACGUACGUAAGCAUGUUCUGUUAUGCAUAACUAAACUUCACACGAUCACAGGAAACUCGUUUCUUUACUUAUUUUAAUUUUUUCUGUUAUUUUUUCUAAUAUAAUUACAAAAGGGUGUUUUUCAGUCGUUUCACGUGUAUAUAAGAAUGAUAUAUCCUAUCCAUUGCUAUUAGUAAUCUGUUUUAUAUGUUUUGAAUUAAAUAAAACAAUGUUUUUAAUGUACACUGUAAAAAAUGAAGUGCUAAUUUAGCACUUACAGUGCUUGUAUAGUGACUGCACUACGAGUGCUAAUUGUCUAGUUUAAAUUUGAGCUAGAAAUUCAGCACUCGUAGUGCAGUUACUAUACAAGCACUGUAAGUGUAAAUUAGCACUUCGGUUUUUACAGUGUAUAUUUUAUUUUAAUUAAUGAAUCAAAGCAUCCACAGAGUAUUAUUUAUGCUCACCAGAAAAUAAAAGACAAGCACUUUGGAUAUACAUACGCCCAUAGAUUAAUUUUCCUAACAAAAGAAAAUUUGAUAGUUACGAUUAUUCUUAUCAUAAUUGUUAUCAUUUAAAAAGUAAUGUAGAGAAAAAUUGUGCAGAUUAAGAGAUGUCAAUAUCGCAAAAGACAAUAUUGCUGGAAAUACUUUCUAUAAAGGGAUGCUCCAGGCUGAAAAUAGUAUGAUUUGAACAGAAAAAUGUUGAUGUAAUUUUCAGCAUCAUGAUCUGUUUAUAAUUUCACUCUAUUUCUUUAGAUAUAAAUAUUUUCAGCCCGGAGUACCCCCUUUAAAAGUAAUCAAUUGUACCAUUGGAUUGAAUGAAGUUGCGCCCUCCGCGAGUCACAUUAUUUAGCUCAAAAUUAAUUUUGAUGUUAUUUUACUAAAUAUCCUUUAUAACGUUUGAUAUUCCAUAUCAUUGGGUUUUUUAAAGUAAUGGCGACUUAUAUAUGUAGAUCAUCUUAUUGUUAAUACCAUGAACCUAAUAUACAUGUAGGUCCAUGUUAACACAUAUACAUAUAUCUAGGUUCCGUCUUACACAGAGUUACUAUAUCGAUAUCCAUCAAUGUCACAAUUUUUUUCUUCACCAAAUUUGCACAAUGUAAUUUGUGAACAAAGAGAAGCACACUGAAUUGUCAAGAAAACGAUGAAUGUAUGAAUAUAUACACCAUAUCUAGAAAAUAAUUCGAAUAAACAUGUAUUUUAGAUAUUGACAUUGCCGCCUUUCCACAGUUGUUGACGUGAUUAUAUGGAAUAUUGUUUUGUUAUGUUUUUAAUUUCUGUUGAUACAGGACCCCUUGGUCGAGCAGUUCUUGUAACUGAAAGGGCUAUACCCUGUUAAAAUAAAACGACAAAUAAAAAAUAAAUAAAAAUUGAUCGGAUCAAUCGCAACUCUUUGUAAGACGGGGGCCCUGUAUUAGCACUAGAAUAAUGAUCAAAAUCUUAAAAGCCAAAUACUUUUAUUCGAUAGAUUGUGAUCUAUCGCAAUUUAACAAUGAAUCUAUAGUUUGUAAUAGAGUAUUAAAGAAUCGUUUAUUUUCAUACGGUGAUUUUUGGUGAUGAGGUCAUAUUCCAGAUGUUUAUUACAUACUCAGUGGUUGAAUUAAAUGAAUAAAUACAAAGUGUAGUUGUAUAACUCGAGU